AGCUAUCUGUCUAUCUGAGCUUAUAUUUACCACAGUGCGUUAAAAUCUCUGGGACAGUGAAGAACUUUAAAUUAUUUGCUGUGCACACGGAAUACCACUUCAUCAGUAUGCUGGGAGCAUGUACUGUACUGCUGUUUUGUACAAGCUGGGUGAGUGGUCAGGUUCUGGAUAGAAACUGUUUUGGGUCCGAGAACUCAACCUUGUCGGACACCUUUCUCGCCAGCCCGGUAAACGAUGAUGUCCAGGCCGCCGUAUACGCCGGUGAGCGCGCCUUUGCAGUCAACUUGAUCAAGGCGCUCUUUAAGAAGUUUGAAACUGAGAAGAUCGAGGAGAAUAUUUUUAUAUCUCCGAGUUCAAUCUUCCAUACACUGCUCCUUACAUACUUCGGAGCUAGGGGGGAGACAGAGAAAGAGUUAGAACAGGGAUUAGGUCUAGAACACCUGGGUAAACCUGAGGUAUUAAAAACCUAUAUGUUUGAUCGAGCCUACCAGGCUGUAAGAGAACGAACUCCAGGACUAGGAUACGAGUUCCAACAUGCUAACAAGAUAUACCUAGAGAAAACUCUGAAAUUAAAUGAAUGUUUAAAACUUGCACUCACGGAUCAGGUUGAACCUGUGGAUUUCUCCGGGUCCCCCGAGAAGAGCCGUAUCUCCAUGAACUCCUGGGUGGAGGAGCUCACCAAGGGUAACAUCAAGGACCUCAUCCCCGCCGGGUACGUGGAUACCACCACCAAGGCCUCCGUCGUGAAUGCCGCCUACUUCAAGGGGGACUGGAUGAGUAAGUUUAAAGAGUCUGAAACUAAAGCUGGAAAUUUCUAUAUUACAAGGGACGAGAUUAGAAUUGUAAAGUUUAUGAAUCAGAAAGGAUCGUUCAACUACUAUACAAGUGAGGAGCUUCAGGCCCAUGUUGUUGAGCUACCCUAUGAAGGUGAUCACGUGAGUAUGGUUAUUAUCCUACCCCCCUGGUUAGAUGAUGGUCUUCAGCAAACAGUUUCCCGUCUAACCCCUGAGACUAUGCAAGGUGUGAUGAGUGAGUUAGGUUCAGGGUUCUAUAGUGUGGAUAAACUUAAUGUCAAGAUUCCUAAGUUCAGUGUAUCCGGUAGUCUGGAGCUAAACCAACCUCUUAGAGAACUAAACAUUAGCUCCGUCUUCGGAGCCGGAUCAGACCUCUCCGGUUUCCUGGACCCGGAGUCAGCCUCGGAGGAUAUCAAGUUGGAGGCUGCCGUUCAUAAAUCCUUUAUCGAGGUUACCGAGGAGGGAAGCGAGGCUGCAGCAGCAACGGCAUUGAUUGGAUUUAGAUCUGCUAGACCUCUCUUCAAUACAGAGUUCAAGGCAGAUCAUCCUUUCCUCUUCCUUAUAUACGAUAAACAAGUUGAUACAAUUCUUUUCUUUGGAGUGUAUCAGUAUCCACCUAAACCUUAAAUCCCCCUAGACCCCCCCCCCCCCUAAGUUAGAUCCGCCUUCCCUUCCCUCCCGUCCAUGCACACUUCACAAACCUCCCCCUUCCCCCUAUUUACAUUUCUAAACUAAAUAUGUUGAAAAAGGGGGUUUGUUACUGCUUGUAGAAAUUUAAAUAUUUAUAUAUUAUAUUCAGUAAAUAUAUCUUAAGUCGCACUA